AUGAUGGGAAAACAUGGUGGAUGGAAUAUCCUUCACAUAGAUUAUCCACGUUGUUCGGUCUCUCUCUUCAGGAUGUAUGAACCACAAGAUAGAUCACAACUUCCCCUCUUCGCUUUUAGUUGGUGGGAUGACAAGGGCACAUUCCAGGCCGGUGACAUAGCAACCAUCAAAGUCAAAGUGCUUGAGAAUGCUGAUAAGAUCGACAAAAAGGCUUUCAACCCCAUACUAACUGUGAAUGGAAAGAAAGGGAACAGUUCCUACGUGUCUACUGUGUUGUUAGAUUUCGAAGGCGACCCAAAUGAAUGGAAGAUUAACUUCACCCCCAUCAGGGUUGGAUUGUUUAAUGUACUCAUCAGUGAGGAGCGUUAUAAAGUUGAUGAUUCAUCUUUGCAUUUCCAAAUUACGUUGGUUUUGUAUGUGACUAAAAUGGUGGAUACUAUUCCUACUGAAGGGAACAUGUACCCGUCUGUGUGCGUUGCAUCAUGGAAGGGCGUGAGACAUGAGUAUGUAGCUGGUUCGAAAGCUACGAUUAUGGUGCUCCUUAAAGAUGCAUUUGGGAACGGUAUCUCUAAGACGACUGAAGUGUCCUAUUUGCCUGAUUUUAAGUUAUCUGUUUUGCAUGAGAAUGGUUCUGUUGCAAGUGCUCCAGAUAUCUUUAACAUAGGGUGGACUGAGUUUGAUUAUAUAGUCAUUGAGUUUGUCGUGACAAAAGCUGGAAAGUUCUCAUUGAGCUUAGAAGGAGGAAAUCAAACCUUAAAUGGUUCUCCAUUACCAUUGAAGGUGAAUCCAGUUACAAUAGCUGUACUUCUCUCUCCCUCAAAUCCAGGAACUAUAGAUGUGUCUAACUGUAUCGCCAAAUGGAACAUUGAAUCCCAUGCAUGGCAAUUGGCUUCCAAGAUGGAAAUCUUUAUAUAUCAGUUAGAUGAAUACGGAAAUCUGGUUUCUGGACUGUAUCCUUUUGAUUCUGAAGUUGUUGAAAGUGACACAAACUUGUCGAUACCGAUAUCAGAUCUUCACUUUCAGGAAGUGGAUGCUGGAAUUCAGUUGUUUUCGUUCAGCAAUUUUGAGCCAGGGAACUUCCUAUUGACAAUAUAUGAUUCCAAGCAUAAUAAAAGCAUUUCCAAUAUGCCAUAUGUUUAUACUGUUUUUAUAGGUUACUGUGAUGGUUUUAAGAGUGUUGUUAAUGGAUCCGGUUUAAAUGAUUCAGUAGCUGGUGUAAAGGAAGAAUUCUCUGUAUAUUUGAAUGACAUCUAUCAAUAUCCUUCCCCUGUUGAAGCAAACAUACUUCAAGUACAAAUUUUAAGAGAAAAUGAUUCCUACAGAGUUCCACCAGUCAUCUAUCCUAUGCUUAAUAAUGGAAGCAGAAUAGCUUCAGGAGUGAGCUACGAUGAUAUCGGUCACAUGGAACCUGCGCCGUCACCUUCAAUAGAGUUGAGCAACAAUUCUAAUGGAAGCAGGAGCUUUAUCAUGGCAAGUGAUUUUCAUGUGGAUUACAUACCAGACAAAAGUGGAUUUUAUGGUAUUAAUGUAUAUUGUGGAAACAUAUUAUUGAACAAGGGACAUUCAUUCCGAAAAGAGGUAAAAGCAGGAUAUAACUUUAUAGCAAGGUUUAUCUCAGGUGAAGUGAAUGUUUCAUUGUCAAGUGUUGUGAGGUUUUCUCCAAAGGUGCCAAAGUUGUCAAAAAAUGAAAUAAUAGUGCAGCUUGUGGAUUCAUAUUUAAACCCUGUCUUCUCGCAACAAUCAAGGUUGAAAUUGGAGAUUGCUUCUGCAAAUAGUUCUGGCUUUUCAACUUUGGACAUUACAGAUAAUAAGGAUGGAUCAUACAGCUGCAGCUAUAUGGCCAAAGAUGUUGGCACUUACGAGAUUUGUGCUUCCUUUGAUGGCAAGCGUUUCUUGUCAUGUCCCUUCAGUAUCAAUGUGUACAGAAAUGAAUAUUUUCCGAAAGCUAACAACGAUACAAUAUCUAUUUGGGAGGAUCAAUCCGUUGCCUUUGAUGUCUUAGCAAAUGAUUAUUUUGCGGGUGAUAAUGCAAGUAUAGUUGAAUUCUCAAAAUCAGAUCAUGGUUCACUUAUACAAAAUGGAAGGAUCUUUCGUUACACUCCUUAUAAAGGGUAUUAUGGAAAUGAUUCCUUUUGGUAUACAAUUUCUGAUAUAAAUGGAAAUCUUGCUUCAGCUUCCGUGUACAUAUUUGUUCUAAAUGUUCCACCUCAGUUUGUUUCUGCUCCAAAUCAACUGCAAGCAACAGAAGAUUUAAUAAGCCCUAGAUUUGGUGGCUUCACUGGGUUUGAGAUGACUUAUUCAAAUCCAAUGGAGAAUAUUUCUGUCAAUCUCAGUGCACAAUCUGGAAUUAUACUUCUGUCUCCUAUGGCUAUGCAAUUUGGGCAAUUAAUGUGGAGUGAACUUACAGUCGACACAGGAAAUGAAACAUCAACCAGCUUAUUAAUAGAAGGCUCUGUGGAAGUAAUUAAUUUUGCGCUUCAGUCAAUUCAGUAUCAGGGAAAAGAAAAUUUUUAUGGUGGAGAUACCAUUCAAGUCUCAGCCAGGAACAAGAACGGAGUAAAUUCACUGGGCAUUCCAAUUUUUGUUGAUCCUAUCAAUGACCCUCCAUUUAUUAGAGCCCCCUACUUCAUCAUAUUGAGGAGUAAUGAAGAUGAGACCCUUAUCUUUGACCAAGAGAAAGACAAGUUUGACUUUUUUAUUGGAGAUCCCGAUCUUCUUACCUUCCCUGUUUAUCCUUUGGAGAUUGAUUGCAUGGAAUAUCAAAUCCAGAGGCUUCUGAUGUCAAAAGCUGCUAAAGUGAAAAACUGGUAG